AUUGAAACACAACUCGCGUGUACCUUCUUCGGCAGGUCUACCGGUCUGCCUCAGACAAUUGAGUCCACUCGUCAAGCCUCGGUCCACCUCCUCAUGUGGACGCUCGAAUCUUCCUGUGCCUGCAGUCGUUGUCUAGCCCCCCGCCAUCCUCGAGUCUUCUGUGUCGUUGGGGCUGUUCGACGUCUGUUGCCAACUAGUGCCGCCUGUUGGGAAACGUCACAACGAACAAAACUUGCCGUCUUACACUCCCAUCCCCCUCGUCAGUUUGUAUUCUUGCGCUCCCCCUCUGUGAGGCCUCAGGGAUCCGCUGGCAUUAGCUCUUCUUCAGCAGGUAUCCACAGACGUCAGGUGUUGCUUCGUGUAAUACACUCCUUCUGUAGCCCCUCCUCUUUCCGUAAAUCCCUCUUUAUCACCAUCAUUUUGUCGCAUCACUAUCUUCUCUCCGUUCGUCUUGCUUUGCCCUCUGUGUUCUUGUGCUUUUCUCCUGCGGGACAACAUGUUAAUCAACCUGUAGACAAUUUGGCAAAUUGUAGCCUAACAUCUGAAAGUAAGGCAACUUCUCGAAAGAGACGUAAUUGUUUUCUUCUCCUACAGACACGCUUCGUCGUCUCGUCUCGUCUCGUCUCGUCCAUUCUCGGCGUCAGCUGUUGCAGUAUCGGUGAGCCGGAAAUCAAUCUCUACCCGGACAUAGUUGAGUGGUAG